AUGUCGGCCUCCCUCCCUCCUCAGUACUCUACCAUCGAUAGCAUGAGUAACACUUCCAAAAUAGGUAUUUGCUUGGGAGUAGCAGCAGCUGCAGUUGGGGCUGCUGGGGUCUUUGCAGCCUAUCAAUUUUUCAAAUCGGAUCGUCCCCGUAGUGGAUCCCUCCUGGCCGAUCCCGACAACCACCUUGCAGAAGAGGAGGUCCUACAGGGCCAUGAAGUCUUCAGACACGAUCGUCAGACUAAAGCCGUGAUGAUGGCCAACGCUACCAAGUUCCUCGACCUUAUGAAUACUAGGAGGUCCAUCAGAUUUUAUUCAAAGGAUGAUGUGCCUAUGGAUAUCAUAAUGGCAGCUGUGAGGACAGCCUGUACAGCUCCUAGUGGUGCCCAUCUCCAACCAUGGACCUUCGUUAUUGUCCAUAAUCAGAAGGCUAAGGACAAGAUACGUGAUGUUGUGGAGCGUGAAGAGCAGUUGAAUUACGACCGUCGUAUGCGUAGAAGCUGGGUUAAUGACGUUGCCCCUAUGGCUUUUCAGGUGGCCAAACCCUAUCUGUCGGAGGCGCCUUAUCUCAUUGUUAUGAUGAAGCAAUCACACAGGGUUGACCCUACUACGGGUAACCGUCAGGAACACUACUACGUUGAGCAGUCCUGUGGUAUUGCAGCUGGAAUGCUGAUAUGUGCAUUGCAUAACGCUGGACUGGUUACCCUUACCUCCACACCAAUGGGGGCAGAGUCGGCCAUAAGGAACAUCCUCAACAGGCCUUCCAAUGAGAAGGUCUACCUCCUUAUGCCUGUCGGGUACCCUAGCGAGGACGCUACUGUCCCGAAACGAACCUCGGCGAACCGACGUCGGGCAGAGGCUGAGACCAUCGUGGUAGUAUGA